UUUCAUAUAAAGGAAAGAAAAAUUCUAAUUUUUAUUAUUUGCAAAAAGCAGCUCGACGGCACUUAGUGUUUUCAAGUUAAUUGUGAAGUAUUUAAAUAAUUUUUUCCGAGAAUUAUUAUAAUGAAUUACGAUCAUCUAGUAUGGGUCCCGGACCCGAAAGAAGGUUUCAAACGCGUAGAAAAAAAAAAUGUUGCAGCUUCGAAUUUACAAUUUCCAGUCGGAGAUUACAAGAAAGACGAAAAUGAUAACUGUGCGUUGAUGUUUCUGAAUGAGGCAACUCUCCUCAAUAACAUCAAAAUUCGCUACGAAAAGGGCAAAAUAUACACUUACGUAGCUCAUAUCCUCAUAGCUGUUAAUCCUUACUAUCAAAUUCAAGAUCUAUACUCAGAAAGAACAAUUAAAACAUAUCAAGGAAAAUCACUUGGUGAAAAACCUCCUCAUAUUUUUGCUAUCGCUGACAAGUCUUAUCGAGACAUGGAAACGGAUGAACAAUCGCAAAGUAUAAUUGUAUCUGGUGAAUCUGGUGCAGGAAAAACAGAAUCAACUAAAUAUUUACUGCGGUACCUCUGCAAAUUAAAAGGUUCUAGCGACGACUCAUUAGAACAAAAAAUCCUUGACGCAAACCCAGUACUAGAAGCGUUUGGUAACGCUAAAACUAAAAGAAACAACAACAGCUCUCGAUUCGGCAAAUUUAUGAAAGUCUAUUUUGGUGAAGAGUCUCGAAUAGUAGGUGGUUCUGUAGCCGACUAUCUCCUGGAGAAAUCUCGUAUAUGUCUGCAGAAUUCAGAUGAGCGAAAUUAUCAUAUAUUUUACAUGUUGUGCGCCGGUGCUCCAGCAGAAUUACGCUCAGAACUGGGCAUCACUAAGCCCGACGACUUUCUUUACCUGAAAAACGGAUGCAAUCAGUACUUUUGUAACGAAGCGUCCGAGAAGAAGCUCAAUAAAUCUCAAAAAUCACGAAGCCACCUGGAGAAGGGAGGUCUUUCCGAUCCGAUUCUUGAUGACUUUCUCGGUUUUAGUACCGUUGAUCAAGGUUUCACUCGUCUGGGGCUAACUGAAGUCGAAAGAAAGGAGAUCUACUCGACGGUAGCAGCUGUUCUUCAUCUCGGCAACAUUGUCUUCGAGGAUAUUCCCAAUGACUCGUCUGACGGCUGUAGAAUCGCCGGUAGCACUGUUAAGUCGGUCACAAUGUCUGCUAAUCUUUUAGGUGUCAACCCGGAGGAGCUCAAAGAAACUCUGAUAUUUAAAAAAAUCCAAAGACUCACCGAAGUUGUCAAAAGUUCGCUUAGAGCAGAUAAAGCAGAGAACGCCCGAAAUGCUUUAGCCAAAGCUGUUUACAGCAAACUGUUUGAUUAUAUUGUUUCGCGCAUAAACAAAAGUAUUCCUUCUGAAUCUUUCAGCUAUUAUAUCGGAGUCCUCGAUAUUGCGGGCUUCGAAUCCUUUGAGGUGAACAGCUUUGAGCAGUUCUGUAUAAAUUUCUGCAACGAAAAACUGCAGCAAUUCUUUAACAAGCGAAUUCUUAAAUCCGAACAAGAAUUGUACAAAAGAGAGAAUCUUAACGUUCCUAAGAUUUCUUACGACGACAAUAAAGUUUGCAUUAAAAUGAUCGAGGAUUCAGAAAAGGGGAUAUUUAGUAUUUUAGAUGAGUUUAUGAGACUCCCCGAUCCAAAACCAGAAAGUUUUACUAUCCGAGUUCAUGAAACUUGGAAAAACAACGCUAAUCUCGAACGACCAUCGACAAAACGUGGAGCUCUGUGUCAACUGAAGAAUGAUGAGGGCUUUUUGAUAAAACAUUUCGCUGGUGAUGUUUGCUACCAGACCAAUCAGUUUAUUGAGAAAAAUAAUGACGCUCUGCAUUCCUCGCUGGAAGAAUUAAUGCAGAAAAGUGGCAAUGAACUUUUGCGAACUCACUUCGUGAAUAACCCGGCGAGUAAUAUAAAAAAACGAGCGAUCCAAAGUGUAGGUAGUAAAUUUAAAAAACAACUUCGUGAACUUAUGGACGAAUUAGAGAACAAUGGAACUAAUUUUGUUCGCUGUAUUAAGCCUAAUAAUGAAAUGGUCCCUCAUAAAUUUGACGGCAGCUCUGUUCUCAGUCAAUUAAAGUAUUCUGGUAUGACUUCAGUGCUCGAACUGAUGGAACACGGCUAUCCGAGUCGCGUUCACUUCGAGGAGCUCUACGAUAUGUACAAACCGUAUCUUACACUGGAACUGGCUGAACUUGAGAAGAAGGUCUUCUGCGAAGCGCUAUUUCGGAGCUUGGAGCUGAAAGAUGAAGAUUUUAAGUUUGGUAAAAAAAGGGUAUUUUUUAAACCUGGAAAGUUUGCGGAGUUUGAUAAAAUUAUGAAGUCAGAUGAGAAAGAAAUGAAGCAAUUGGUGAUUAAUGUGAAGAAAUGGCUACGAGAAUCGCGAAUUGCUAAACUUGAAGAAUUGAAACAACAACUUCUCCAGAUGGAGAAAAUAGCUAAUCAAUUGAAAAGUACAGGCGGUGAUAGAAUUGAAGAUAUCAAAAAUUUUGAAACAAAAAUAAACGAUGCAUUGGAAAAAAUCAAGGUA